CAACCUAUAUUCAACUAGAUUAAACUCCAUUUCAUAUUUAAUUACAAUUAUUAUUCCACUACGUUUCUUCUUCCUAUCUUUUUCCACAUUACAUAGUAGCAUAGCAUACAUUAUUAGAAUUUGAGACCAAAACCAAAGACCUAAGACCAAUUCAUCCUUUGACAUUCCCACCAAAGUUCCAUAUUUAUAGCUUCUUCAUCUUCCAACAAUCUUCCCCUAACUCAUAGAUUAAGAUUAAGAUGAAGACUCGUGCGUCUACCAAAAUCUCUGCUAAAUGGAUUCCAAUUUUCUCUGUCUUUUCCUUCCUUAUUGGCAUGCUUAUCACAAACAGGAUGUGGGAGCAACCUGAAUCAAGUGGUUUGAUACUUUCUAAGCAUCAGCGUGAUCAACAAGAACUUCAACUGAUCUCAGAAGAUUGUUCUAACAAAAAGAAGCAGGAAAAGCCUAAGGAUGAAAUGAAUGAAUUGUAUAAAACCCAUGAAGCUAUUCAGGCUCUAGACAAACAAGUUUCUAUGUUGCAAAUGGAAUUAGCAGCAGCUAGGAGUUCUCGCGAAAAGAACUCAACUGGCUCGGCCACUGAUUCCGGGGAAGGUGCUUCCAAAAAGAAGAAGGCGUUUGUAGUGAUAGGUAUAAACACGGCUUUCAGUAGCAGGAAGCGACGUGAUUCUGUUAGAGAAACUUGGAUGCCUCAAGGCGAACAACUUCUUCAGUUGGAACGAGAGAAAGGAAUCGUCAUCAGAUUCAUGAUUGGUCACAGUGCAACUUCCAACAGCAUUCUAGAUCGAGCUAUUGAUUCAGAAGAAGCUCAACACAAAGACUUCCUUCGCCUGCAACAUGUGGAAGGGUAUCAUGAGCUGUCUGCAAAAACAAAGACUUUCUUUUCUACUGCUGUUGCAUUAUGGGAUGCUGAUUUCUAUGUCAAAGUCGAUGAUGAUGUUCAUGUCAAUUUAGGUGUCCUAGCAGCAACCCUUGCUCGUCAUCGUACAAAACCGAGGGUCUACAUUGGGUGCAUGAAAUCUGGACCUGUUCUAUCUCGAAAGGAUGUCAAGUACCAUGAACCUGAGUUCUGGAAGUUUGGAGAAGAGGGAAACAAAUACUUCCGACAUGCAACCGGGCAGAUAUAUGCAAUCUCUAAAGAUUUGGCCACUUACAUUUCCAUUAACCAGCCGAUUUUACACAAAUUUGCUAAUGAAGACGUAUCACUUGGUUCAUGGUUCAUCGGUCUCGAAGUCGAGCAUAUUGAUGACCGCAGUAUGUGCUGUGGAACCCCUCCAGACUGCGAGUGGAAGGCGCAAGCAGGUAACAUAUGCGUUGCAUCGUUUGAUUGGAGCUGCAGCGGAAUCUGCAAAUCAGUGGAGAAGAUUAAAUACGUGCACUCGAAAUGUGGCGAAGGGGAUGGAGCUGUUUGGAGUGCUUUAUUUUAGAUAUAAUAUCCAAAGGAGGAUGGUUUUUUUUCCUGGUCAAAAGACGAACCGAUUGUUUAAAUUGCAGCUGGAACAUUUCGGAUUUUAGAAUGAAAAUCAUCUGCAAAAGAGAUAUAAACAUGAAACAUUUUUGUGGAAAGCUUAGAAGCAAGGUUGGUUGAUCAAGAUAAAAGACACAUGAAUAUGAAGGAUUUGAGUAUGAUGUAGAGGUGGUACUAUAGAGUAUAUUUAUGUAGGACUGUUUCUAAGUUUAAAUUAAUUUGUUUGUUCUUUUUGUUAUACACUUUGUGUUGUGUGAGACUGGCUUUUUGUUACUUGUAAUGAAAUGCAGCAAUGUUUUGAUAAA